UAACCGUUCAAGCAUCCCGCCUUCCCAGGACACACUCAAGCGCCAGAGCGGUCCGCUCUUCUCAAAUCUUAUUGGCUCAAGUCCACGCGUCUCAUGGCACUGGUGGGGGGGGUGGGGUGAGACAGGCGGAAAAAGGCCUUCCCCCGGCGCGAGAAGAUGACGUCACAGCCCGGCCGGGCGCGGAAGUUGCCUGGGGCUGUCUGCCCAGUAACUGGCAUCCACCGGUGCCGACCGAAGACCCCUCCGUCGGCAGCGCAGUUGCAAUGGCCAUUUGUCAAUUCUUCCUUCAAGGCCGGUGCCGCUUUGGAGAUCGGUGCUGGAACGAACAUCCUGGUGCCAGGGGUGCAGGAGGGGGACGGCAGCAACCGCAACAGCAGUCUUCAGGUAAUAAUAGACGUGGAUGGAAUACCACUAGCCAGAGAUACUCCAAUGUCAUCCAGCCAUCCAGUUUCUCCAAAUCCACACCAUGGGGGGGCAGCAGAGAUCAAGAAAAGCCAUCUUUCGGUUCUUUUGAUUCUGGAGCUUCAACUAACAGGAAAGAAGGCUUUGGAUUGUCUGAGAACCCAUUUGGUUCACUUAGUCCUGAUGAGCAGAAAGAUGAAAAGAAACUUCUGGAAGGAAUUGUAAAAGAUAUGGAGGUUUGGGAAUCAUCAGGGCAGUGGAUGUUUUCUGUUUAUUCACCAGUGAAAAAGAAACCUAAUAUUUCAGGUUUUACAGACAUUUCACCAGAGGAAUUGAGACUUGAAUACCAUAACUUCUUAACCAGCAAUAACUUACAGAGUUAUCUAAAUUCUGUCCAACAUUUAAUAAAUCAAUGGAGGAACAGAGUAAAUGAACUGAAAAGUCUAAAUAUAUCAACUAAAGUAGCUUUGCUCUCUGAUGUAAAGGAUGGUGUAAAUCAAGCAGCACCUGCAUUUGGAUUUGGCAGUAGUCAAGCAGCAACAUUUGUGUCGCCAGGCUUUCCAGUCAAUAAUAGCAGCAGUGAUAAUGCUCAGAACUUUAGUUUUAAAACAAACUCUGGAUUUGCCACUGCCUCUUCUGGAAGCCCUGCUGGUUUUGGGAGUUCCCCAGCAUUUGGAGCUGCAGCCUCUACCAGUUCAGCUAUCUCUACUUCUGCUCCAGCUUUUGGAUUUGGGAAACCUGAAGUUACAUCGGCUGCAUCAUUUUCAUUCAAAAGCCCUGCAGCUUCCAGCUUUGGAUCACCUGGAUUUUCAGGACUUCCAACUUCCUUGGCAACAGGUUCUAUUAGAGCUCCAGUGGCCCCAGCCUUUGGAGGUGGCAGUUCUGUGGCUGGUUUUGGUAGUCCGAGCUCACAUUCUCACACUGCUUUUUCUAAGCCAUCCAGUGACACUUUUGGAAAUAGCAGCAUAUCCACUUCUCUCUCAGCCCCAAGCAACAUCUUUGCAACAGAUAAUGUGUUAUUCACACCCAGAGAUAAACUAACAGUAGAAGAACUGGAACAAUUUCAAUCCAAGAAAUUUACUCUGGGAAAAAUUCCAUUAAAGCCUCCACCUCUGGAACUUCUAAAUAUUUAAAAGGGCAAUUUUAAAUACAAAAAAGAAUGAUGUUUGAAACUGUUUUGAGUGAUUCAUAUAGAGGUGCAUAUAUGCAUACAUGUAUUAUUCAUAAGGAAUAUAAGCUUCCAUUAAUAGUGAUUUUAAAUUUUAUUUUUUCUUAAGUCUAAAUAUUUAAGUAAAAAGUAACAAAAACUCAGCAAGCAAGGGAAUUUUUUUGUACUGUAAUUUUGAAUGGAACUGAAAAAUUGUGCAUGAAUAAAGUACUUUUCUCAUGCCACACCA